AUGAAUGACGUGAACCCGUAUCAUUUUGGCAGCCUCACAGGGCUGCUGCGGGAGAACUACGCGUCCAUGUUGGAUCGUGUCAAGGGUUUGAAGCUGUUGAUUCUGGAUGAUGCGACGGCGGCGUCCAUGUCACUGGUACAGACCCACUCAUACCUUUUGGAGGGCGGGGUCCUGCUGACUACCAACAUCAGCGACGAAAACCUGUUCAAUGAGGAUCCGCAAAACCUGUCGAAUUUGCGCCACCUGAAGGCGGUGUACAUCAUUCAGCCGUCCCACGCAAAUGUAGCUCGCCUCUGCGACCAGCUGCGCGGUGGAUACUUCAAGGAAUACCACCUGUACUUCACGAGCAUGCCGCUGGAGGGCCAGCUCGAGAUGCUCGCAAAGAACGACGUCUUGGAGCUAGUGUGCGGCGUCUACGCGUACCACACGGACCUCAUGGCUGUCUGCCGCUACUGCUUUUUGCUCGACGCAGGCACAAGCGACCUGUACACGAGCGUUCAUAGCGGGGAGGCAGCCCGCGUAUCGCAAGGAUUGUUUAACGUUUUCCGGAUAAUAAAACAGAUUCCGUCUAUUCUACACGUUGCAGGGAGCCCUGAAGCUCGCGAACUAGGUUUAAAAGUGCAGUCGUUGUUGAACAACGACCUGCUGAACUCCGAGGCCAUUUUGAAGACUUACUCUAAGUUCGGCACUGGCGAAAGCUACGGGUGCUCUUUGCUCAUUUAUGACCGGAAGUGCGACUGUAUAACGCCUUUGAUGAAUCAAUGGAGUUACCAGGCCAUGAUUUACGAGCUGUUGCCGAUGUCCCGCAACAGCGUCCGUAUCGGCGAGGAAGACUACAUUUUGAACCCGGAUUUUGACGAUUUUUACGGCGCAAACAUUUUCAAAGACUUCGCUGAUGUCGAGUCGGCAUUGACUGAAAUGAUUCAGGACAACAAGAAGACCUUUUCGGACGCCAUGAACAUUCUGCAGAACAUUCCUCAGCAGACGAAGAUCUGCAACGAGACCAAGCGCCACGUAGCCAUUUUGCACGAACUAUCGCAAAUUAUACAGAGCAGAGACCUGCUCAAUACGGGGCUGCUGGAGCAGGAUAUGGGCACCCACGUUAGAAGCUCUGCAGAGGCCUUCGAAGCGGUGGUGGAAUAUCUGAACAACCCUGACCUCGACCCUUUUGAGAAGCUACGGUUGGCAAUGCUGUUUUGCCUGGAGUACCGCCGUCACGAGGACAAGGUGAACAUGAUCAAGGACAACUUGCGCAUGAACGGGUUGGAGUCGAUGGUGGGCAAGGUCGACGCGCUGCUGCAGUACGCUGAUGUGACCGACUCUGGGUCGGACUCGUUAGCCAUCUUAUCCAGAGCGAGGAGCACGCUGAACAAGUCGCUCUCUGGAGAUUCGUCGAGCCCUUAUAUGCGGUACACAUCGCGGCUUGCUUACGUCGUGCAGUCUCUGCUGAAGGGCCGUCUGGACAGCCGCCAGUUCAUGCUUAUUCCAAGUUCGUAUGAUCUGGAUUUCAGCUACGCGGCCCGGCCACUGUCGGUAGUGGUCUACGUCGUGGGCGGAGUGACUCUGGCCGAGUACCGCGACCUUCAGAAUCUGAGCGCCGCGUCUAGGGUGCCCAUCCUGCUCGGCGGGUCGUGCCUGCUAAACUCGCAUAGCUUCACUAAUAAUUUUUAG